AUGGACCUGGAAAUCCUGAUUUCUGUGACACUACUCUUUGUUGGGGUAGCAAUUUUAGUCCUGAUUCAUGUUUGUAUAAACAGAGCAUUUGGAACUGCUCGCAACAGUUCCAAUCUGCCCGUGUCGCUCAAUCAGACAAAUACUAGAAGAAAUACUCCUCCGGGGAGCCUGUGUGAAGAUGAAAUCAGGAAUCUGCCGUCUUUCGAUUAUCGCGUCGUCGUUAGCGAAAAUAAUGAUGACCAAGAGAAGGCGGCAACCACUUCCAGCAGCAGCAGCAGUAAAUCUGCUCUCCAAUGUGUAGUUUGUUUGGAGAGUUUUGAGGAAGGCCAAAAGUGCAGAUUGUUGCCCAAAUGUAGCCAUUGCUUUCAUGCUGAAUGCAUCGAUUCGUGGCUGGCGAAAACCGGGGCGUGUCCGAUUUGUAGAACUGGCGCGCUUCUUUCACCAGAAUUGACACCAAUACACUGCUGA